AUGGCCGCGAAGCGCAUCUUGAAGGAGCUCAAGGAUUUAGAGAGGGAUCCUCCAACCAAUUGCAGCGCCGGUCCGGUGUCGGCUGACAACAUGUACCACUGGCAAGCAACGAUUAUGGGACCGCCUGAUAGCCCAUACGCCACCGGCGUGUUCCAGAUCAGCAUACACUACCCUCCUGAUUAUCCUUUCAAACCUCCCAAGGUUUCAUUCAAGACCAAGGUCUUCCACCCCAAUGUCAAUAGCAACGGAAGCAUAUGCCUUGAUAUCCUCAAAGAACAAUGGAGUCCAGCCCUUACUGUCUCUAAGGUGUUGCUCUCGAUCUGCUCGUUGUUGACGGAUCCGAAUCCAGAUGACCCCCUCGUGCCGGAAAUCGCCCAUAUGUAUAAAACCAAUCGAGCCAAGUAUGAAGCGACUGCGCGUAGCUGGACUCAGAAGUAUGCUACUUAA